AUGCAACGGGUGAAGUAUCCAGUGUGGAAUGCUGGGAAACAGCAAGCACAAAAAGCAAUAAAUCUAUAUGCAAAUCUCGAUUAUCUGCGGCCAUAUUUUGAUGUAGAACCUAAAGAAGUACUCAGCAGAUUGAUUCACUCCUUGAUACCAAGAAUGCCAUCGCGAGAAGAGAAUGUAAAACCUGAAUUAUAUGGCCCAAGUAUGAUCGUAUUUACACUAGCUGCAAUUUUAAUCUAUCAAAUGAAGCUGUCCAGUCAUUCUGUUCAAGAUGGUACAUUAAUUGGCACGGCAUUCUUUAUAUGUUUUGGAUAUUGGAUUGGAUCAAGUUUUGCUAUAUCCAGCGUUUCAUUCAUCUGUAACACACGAUUAAGUAUAACUCAAAUAUUGAGUCUAAAUGGAUACGCUCUAUUUAGUCAUUGUGUUGUUUUAUUAUUUGCAACAUUUAUUCACACAAAACAUGAUCACAUGUUAUUUUAUCUUCUUUGGUUUUUCAUCAGCGGAAUGGCUGCGACAAAAAUGGCUUCAGUUGUUGCAGCACGAACGCUAAAUCCACGGUACCAGCUAGCACUGGCCGGAUUUGUCGCUUGCGUACAUAUGGUUUUUCUCUUAUAUUUACAUUUUGCAUAUCAUGAAUUAGCCGAAAAUAUCGCCCAUGCAUUACAAGAUAUUGAGACAAAUACAAUAGCAGCAGUUGUACCAUUGGUACAACGAGCUCACUUGAAUAUUCCGUCUGUUUCAUCAAAACUUCAUCAACUUUCGACUUCACUCCAGAAACGUACGAAAAUUUACGAAGUUAGUGGUCAAUUACUCAACGAAUUUGACAAUAUAUACCAUAUACUCGAUUCAGCUUAUUCAGCAGAUUUUAUUGAUUAA